CGUGUACUUGUGCUCUUACUCCCAUCAGUCACUCAGCAAUUGCGGCUAGGGUUUUCCUCUUACUCCUGUUUUCCACCAGUUAUCAAUCUGUUCUUUUACAGAUCCCUUGUUCUUGUUCUUUCGUUCAUUGGAUUCAUGGAGUUCUUGUUAAGAUAGGGGUGUGUGGUCGCCUUUCUCGGAGUGGAAUUUCUUCUUCAGGUUUUUUUGGGUAUUGGUUUUUGAGAUAGUUUGGAAAUGGCGACCGUUAAUCCAUUCGAUUUAUUGGGAGAUGAUGACGCCGAGGACCCUUCGCAGCUAAUUGCGGCUAAGCAGGUGGCGGCGGUGGCGGCGGCGCCUAAGAAAGGCCCUGCUCAUGCUCAGGCCAAACCGGCGGCUUCGGCAGCCCCACAGAAUAAGCCUGCUACUCUUCCAUCCAAGCCUCUUCCCCCUGCUCAGGCUGUAAGGGAAGCAAGGAGUGAAAACAGUCGCGGAGGUCGUGGAAGUGGGCGUGGUGGAGGAGGACGUGGAUAUGGUCGAGGCCGUGACACUGGUGGCUUCAAUCGUGACUAUGCCAAUAAUGAGAACUCAUUUAGUAGCGCCCCUGAAGAUGGAGAUGCUGGAAAGACAACUGAAAGGCGUGGAUAUGUUGCUCCUCGUGGACGUGGUGGUCGUCGUGGUGGCUUCAACAAUGGAGACGCUACUGAUGGGGAACGACCUCGUAGAGCAUUUGAACGCCACAGUGGAACCGGCCGUGGAAAUGAGUUCAAACGCGAAGGGGCUGGGCGUGGAAAUUGGGGAAGGUCAACAGACGAAUUUUCUGAAGUACCGGAGGAAGCUGUUAAUGAAACUGAAAAAAGCACAGGUGACGAGAAGCCUGUUCAAGAGGAUGAUGCUGCAGGUGUCAACACAGAGAACCCAGCUAAGGAAUUGGAGGAAACAGAGCCAGAAGACAAGGAAAUGACUCUGGAGGAGUAUCAAAAGUUGCUGGAGGAGAAAAGGAAGUCCCUUAUGGCGCUAAAAACUACUGAGGAAAGGAAGGUGGAUGCUAAAGAAUUUGCAUCCAUGCAACAACUUUCAAGCAAAAAGGAGAACAACGACAUUUUUAUUAAAUUGGGUUCUGAUAAGGAUAAGCGAAAAGAAAUUACAGACAAGGAGGAGAGAGCUAAGAAGUCCUUGAGUAUCAACGAGUUCUUGAGGCCUGCCGAAGGAGAGAGACAGUACGCUCUAGGUGGUCGGGGUAGGGGUCGUGGCCGUGGUUCAAGGGGAGGUUACAGUGGCAGCUCGAUGAGCAAUGUUGCAGCCCCAUCCAUCGAGGACCCGGGUCAGUUCCCGACCUUAGGUGCAAAGUGAAUUUCUCAAUAAAAUUUCCCUUGAAACUGUGUUUCGGGUUUUGGGCGUCUUUGAUCUGGGGCAGGAAAUUGACUAGAAUAAUUUAGAGUUCCCCCUGUAUCAAAAUGAUUUUUAAGUUUAUUUGUUUAGGUGUAAAUUGUCAAAGCCUUGUAUUUUUCCUUGUCCAUUUUCCAUUGUGUGUUCUCUUAACUGUUGUUUCAGACUGUUUGCUAGAUCAGACUAUUUAUUUGACUUUUUUUUUUUUUAC